UACUGACUCUCAGUUUGCAUCCUCCUGUGCUCACUCUCUCUGAGCUCCCCCUCUGUCUCCCUCCUCCUCUCCUCAUCUGCCCAUUGCUCUCCCUGUCAACCUUGCGAGGUCUCUUGUGAGGACUUUGCCUCAGACUGUCUGUAACGGCUUCACACCUGAAGAGAUAAAAACUUUUUGGUUCCCGCUGAAGACACUGAGACCCAACCGUCACUGUCACCAUGGAGGCCAUCAAGAAGAAGAUGCAGAUGCUGAAGUUGGACAAGGAGAAUGCCAUCGACAGGGCAGAACAGGCGGAGUCUGACAAAAAGACAGCGGAGGAUAAAUGCAAGCAGUUGGAGGAUGAUCUGGUGGCUCUGCAGAAGAAACUGAAGGGAACAGAGGAUGAGCUGGACAAGUUCUCAGAGGCCCUGAAGGAAGCUCAGGAGAGCCUGGAGCUGUCGGAGAAGAAGGCCGGAGAUGCUGAGGGCGAGGUGGCAGCUUUGAACCGCAGGAUCCAGCUGGUGGAGGAGGAGCUGGACCGCGCCCAGGAGAGACUGGCCACGGCCCUGCAGAAACUAGAGGAGGCCGAGAAGUCUGCUGAUGAGAGCGAAAGAGGCAUGAAGGUGAUCGAAAACAGAGCCAUGAAAGACGAGGAGAGGAUGGAGAUUCAGGAGCUGCAACUCAAAGAAGCCAAAAACAUUGCUGAGGAAGCCGACCGCAAAUUCGAGGAGGUUGCCCGUAAACUGGUGGUCCUGGAGGGCGAGCUGGAGAAAGCAGAAGAGAGGGCAGAAAUCUCAGAACUCAAAUGUAACGACCUGGAAGAAGAGCUCAAGAAUGUCACCAACAACCUGAAGUCACUGGAGGCUCAGUCCGAUAAGUAUUCUGAGAAAGAAGACAAAUAUGAGGAGGAGAUCAAAGUUCUGAGUGAAAAGCUCAAAGAUGCGGAAACCCGUGCAGAGUUUGCUGAACGAUCAGUGACCAAGCUGGAAAAGGCCAUAGAUGACUUAGAAGAGAACCUAACACAUGCAAAAGAAGAAAACGCAGAAAUGCACCAAGUCCUGGAACAAACACUGCAGGAUCUUAACAGCUUGUAAAAUGCCAAGAGGGACAUCAAGCAAUAAAAGAUAUUUUCUACAUGGGUCUCUAUAAUUCCACUCUUAUUCCCAAUUGUUCAAACACGUGUACCCCCAUUUUUAUAUAUAUUUAUGUUUCCUUUGUCUUUUUUGUUUAAAACAAACAAACAAACAUUUUGCAGUCCAGAUGUUGUAGUUUCAAUGCUGGAUUUCCUUUAACCCAAACUCUGAGCACAAAUAAAAACUGAUGCUGACGGUGA